ACCAGACAACGCUCUUUGACUGAAUUUCACCACCGACAAACGGCUUUAAAUGGUAUCCGGGGCAAUUUAUCCUUGACAGAGUAGCAGUCUUCGCAGUCGGGUUUAACGAGUACUCUUCCGGUUGUCUCGUUCCCGACCUCGCCAAGUAUCCAACGCAGACUGGAUGUAUCAGCCACAGUGCCAUGGACCGUAUAGGCCUGCAACUGUGGUGCGAGAUAACUCUGUCAUGCGUUCACCGUAUACCUUGGACUCCAACUUUUCCUCGAAUUCCUCAUCGUAUAUGUCUGGGGAAUCCGGCUCACCGCGACAGGGAGUCGUAACCCCGUUGAACAAGCAGAAUUCAUCUCAACUAAGCCCAAUAUCUCCUCAACAACAACGACAGAAUCCCCCCUUUCUUCCGGACUCGGGCUCCAGCCGACUUAAGCGGCGAGCCUCUCAAGGUUCACUCCUAACGAAGCCCUCUCCCGUCUCUCGCUUUUUAUCAAGAAGCAACGCAUCUCUACAUCUCCCGUCAUUUGAGCAUCUCGGCCUCCCUCCGAAGCCGAAGCCAUCCGGUCGAGUCGAAUCGCGCAUCCAUUCAGCUGAUUCUCGUCUUCGACUUCAUACCACUUCUGCGGCGUCGAGCUCGCUGGCGACUCGUGCACCCCAGUCCACAUCUACGGUGUGGAACUUGGAGGCCAAAGGCGACUACCCCACUGCUCCCCCAACACCCCCAGAAGACGACGAGUACGUAGCGUGGAACCCUCGAUCCAGAAUGUUACUUUUUGAAUCGCCUUUGAACCGGGAACCUGGGCCAAUGCCCAUGGAUGAAGGCCCUAAUGUAGAUGGCGCGGCCAGAGGUGCCGCCUCGGACGGUCUAAGCAGCCCAUCCGACCAACUCUCGAAUGUGUCUCCUUCUAGCUCUGGGAGUCCGGGCUCCUCUGGGGAUAUGGACUGUGAUCUAAAUUCUUGGCUAGGGAGUGGCAUCGAAGCGGCUGUGUCAUCUUUACCUUUUUCAUACAAUCGCGGUGAAGCUGUCAAGAUUGUUUCUCAAAUGCUUCCUUAUCCCUGCACAGCAAAUAAAAACGCAGCAGUCCCAACGAACGAUGAUGUAUUCUCUUCGCUUAUCCAGGCCGUCCAACGCCGCGUUCACAACGGACAAUCGCCAUAUAUCAACAUUACACAUGCAGUUCCCGAACAAUUCAGUCUCUCAAAUCUUCCCUACUCACCUCCUAACACCCCGCGGUCUUUAUUCUCUGCGGAUGAUUAUUUCAAUUCGACUGUGUUCUCGAGUGCAGCCGUGGUGUCCGCUUACCAUGACUUCCGGGGUGUGAUCCAGGGGAAAACCUUACGCUUUCCCAUGCCGGUUGUUCCUCCGUUUAGUGUACACCUCUCGGUCUUGGAACGGUAUCUUCCACCAUCGUCGGCCCAAGAAUAUAAAGAUCUCUUCGCUCCCGGCCGCCCGUCAUUUUUGGUCGAUCGGAUGAGUGAACUCUCGCCUGAAGGUGGGUCCUUGCUGUUUAUUUACCCGACAAGAAGAGGUGGUUCAACGUUUAAAUCUCAGUAUCUGGGACCUAUUCUUGAUCCCUUGCUUCGGCAGCUAGUGGUGGUGAACGAACUAUCCGCGGACAUAGGCCGCUAUCUGGGAAAGCUUUCCUCUGUCAGCCACAUGGAAGACUUCGAUACGAUGCGUAACAAACUCACGCAACUGUGUUCUGAUCUCAGCUCGUCGACAUCGCAGUUCACCAUUUCCGAUGCACGCAAGGGCAGUGCCCACCUUGAUCGCCGUACAUGGACCGAGUGGUUCAUUCACCAGGAGAGGACUCGGAUGAAGGAAGUCCUCAGCCUUUACUGGCAGAAUGGCCGCCGUCUGCCAGCAGCGAAGGCUGCCUCAAAUAUGUCCACAAAUUAUCUUCUAGAGGACAAAGAGGUGACAUCCGCCAUGUUACUAGGAGAGAUCCUCGAUGGCAUUAGAAAGCGACCUUAUGGCGAGGAAACUGAGCCUCGCGAUGGGAUCGAACUCGGGGUUUUCGUGAUUCGUCGGUCCCACUAAAGUUUGCAAAGGCGACCGCAGCCGCCUAUCUUACCUUUUUUUUUCUCUUAUUUUUCGCUGUCGCCUUUUAAUCCCCCGUUCAUUACUUUCUCAUCACGUCAGUUUUCCUUGGAUGCAUCAUGGCGAAUAAAAUGGGAGGAACUGGUGAACAUGGUGGCGUCUACGGUUGUCGGGUCUGGACAUGACUUGUCUUUCUACGUGGAAAGUCCAGGGACAUUAAACUGCAUUAUCUUAUUGGAUACGGAGUACAAAUACCCAGCAUGUUUGUUUUAUGGUGUUUGCUUUAUGUUUAGUGAAGCGGGAUGAUCGGCAUCAUUGCCUUAGAUUAUGGAUAUAAAUGAUCAAGUUCAAGUGAAGAUACAUAAGUAUGGACGAUACAUACUCCAUUGUCAAGGGCAAUCCGUAGCAUUUGAUUCGUUUAUGGUUGGUGAAAGGUAUCAUACUACCCGUGACCAAUAGCAGAUAAUAAAGUAGUGAUCUAAAGGACCAUCAAACGCG